AUGUCCGCAUCAACCGACGCCACCCCGGCAUCCAAUGUUCUUGGCACUAUCGGCACCGUUUUCUGGUGUAUCCAGCUCGUCCCCCAGAUAUGGUAUAACUGGCGACGGAAGAAAACAGAAGGGCUGCCUCCCGCAAUGGGGUUCUUGUGGGCUAUUUGUGCUGUGCCCAUGGGCGUGUAUCUGAUCCUACAGGAAGUCAAUCUCCCGAUGCAAAUCCAGCCUCAGGUUUUCGGGACUUUUUCGGCCAUUAUUUGGGCCCAGAUUCUACAUUAUGACCAAACAGCAGUUACACCUCCCAAAAAGCCACAUUCGCGUAUCCCAUACAACAAGGGCAUCACCUGGCCGGAUCUCCUGGUGGGUGCGAUAGCCACGGUACUUCUCGCUGGCGGAAUGCUACCAAUAUACUUUGAAUUGGGGAAAAGGCAAGGACGGGUGAUCGGAAUAAGUACGUGGUACUCAUGUUCCCCGGGGGCGAAGGCGCGAAUUCUGAUCGACAUAGAUUGGGUCUUCUUAUGCAUCGACACGCUGGGAGGGCUUUUUUCAAUUUUCGCCCUUGUGACCAGUGUGGUACUCGAGCUGGGAAUUUACCUCAGCCACAUCAUUUGGCGCAUUCGGUUCCGUGAGGCCCGAAAGGAAGCCAAGCUUUCGGGGGGAAAUGUGGAGGACGUUCUCCGAAUGUCUAGCCCGGCGUAG